ACUUUUCUGCCUUACCGAGGAGAAUGGGUGACAACAGAGGAGCCGAUGCAAAUAAUUCAAAAGCAGAUAAUACUUUUUUUCACCAUUAUGAGAGAUGUUUUGGUGAAAUAUUUGUUUGUGUGCUCAAUGGUGGUAAGGAACCGCACUGUAUUUUCUCUCUUUUCAUCCUGAAGAAUAAACCCGCAAGGGGAAAGGGAAGGCACAAGGCUGCAAAAUCUGAUAGGGUAGCAAACCUCCCCAAGGUGUGCCUGCGAUCUGCUGCUGUGUGUGGAAACCAGUUGGGAUGAAGGUGUGGGAAUGCUGUGGGAGUUGCUGGCAUUCUGCUAUCCUGAGUGAACCUGCAGCUGACCUGGGCUUUCCCCAUUUCUUCUCUCUUGCAGAUACGUUCAGAGGGCAGCCUUGUGGAUGGCCCCGGAGCAGGCCAGAUGGAACAGGACAGAACCAACCAUGUUGACGGCAAUAGAUUGAGUCCAUUUUUAAUAUCACAAUCUUCUCACAUUUGCCAGGCAGAGCAUUCUGCAGUGAAGCUACAGAACGGAAGUCCAGCAACAGAGAGGCCUGAGGUCGAAGUCAAUGGCGACCACAAGCGGCUGUUCAAUAAGAGCAACUACGGAGAGCCCCACACAAAGGGAAGCCCAAACCACCGCAUUAGCCCUGACCUUUUACAAGAGAAGAAAGCAUGCUCCAAAUAUAUGCAAAAUGGUGGGAUAAAACGCACUUUUAGUGAGCCCUCUCUGUUUGGACUUCAACAGAGCAAGAAAGUGAAACAAGACAAAGAGGUAAAUGGAGAAAAAGCUGAGCCAGAGGAUAACUAUGAAAAACCAAGCAUCUCCAAUUGCUACAGUGAGAAGAAAUCUGAGAUGAGACAAGAAAAUGAAGCUUCGGAGUUGAUGCCGUCUACAAGAUACAACAGUGGUGGUUCAGAAGACCCUCGUGAACUCCUGAUUCAGGAUGAGCAGGAGCGGGAAAACAUUAAUUGCCACAACAGGGACAUUGUCUUACUACUCAAGAACAAGGCGGUGCCAAUGCCUAAUGGUGCUACAGUUUCUGCCUCUUCCAUGGACAGCAUGCAUGGUGAACUCCUGGAGAAAACACUGUCACAAUAUUAUCCAGAACAUGUUUCCAUAGCAAUGCAGAAGAACACAUCUCAUAUCAAUGCCAUUACCAGUCAUGCUACUAAUGAGUUGUCCCACAAGACAACGCAUUCAUCCCAUACCUCAGGGCAGAUCACUUCCCCACAGACCUCAAACUCUGAGCUGCCUCAAGUGCCAGCUGUAGUGGUUACUGAGGUCUACGGUGCUGACGAUUCCAGUAAGCCACCUGUAUUGCCAGGUAGCUGUUCACUUCAGAAACCAGAACUACAGCUACAGCAGCAGACUCCAGGCUACGAUACACACCGAUUACCUGUAGGAAAAAGUGCUGUUCAUGGAAGCGUAGGGCAGGUUCCCAAUCAAGACCUCUCUCUAAGUUCCAGCAGUAACCUGCAAGCUCAGAACACUGCACCGGAAAGGUUUUCUGAGCAAGCAGAAAAAAAUGGUGCUUUCUUUACACAGAACUCAAUGUUUCACAAAGAUUCCUCAACUCCUCCUGCUCCAGAAAUGAACAGUGCAUUGUCCAUCAUGGUGCGAGAAGGACGCCAUUCCUAUGACAACAGAUGCGAUGAAACUCUUCCUGGAGAGAUCAAGAAUGAAGGGCAACAGCAGGGACCAAUGCCAGAAAGUCCCAGCCUCAGCCAACAGCAACUUCACCUCCAGCAAAGACUUCCGCAGCAGGUGCAAACGUCGCAGCACGAAGUCAGCCAGAGUGAUCCCCGAGCUGCUGCAGCCACCUCCAUUCAGCAGCACCCAGAAGAAAUGCCGCCGCCGCCAUCAGAGCCUCCCCUCCAAAACCUGCGUGCAUGCGGAAGCGAUGGUGAGUUGCCUCAACUGUGUCAGCGUUUCCCAGGACAGAGAGAACCUGAGAUUCCUCCUGACAAAGAAAAGGACCAAGUGAAAGAGUCUGUGCAACAGCCUCAACGUUACUCAAAGCCAGCCUGGAUAGAAUUGGUUUCCACGCCGUUCCGGCAUGGAGAGCUUCCCCACAAGCCCAACGAAGCAUUACUGAGAUCAAUUCUUCAGUACCGGGCAAAUACAUCCAAAGCAGCUUAUAUGAAACAGUAUGCUGGAAGUCCUGAUGCAUUAAAGGGGCCGUCAGGACAGCCCCAGAGCCAGAAAAUAAUGCAACAAGAACAAAUUCCCCCUCAGUACAAAAGUGAGAGCUCCCAGCUGCAGCCGCAUCCCACAGCUGACCCACAGCUGCUGUUCCAAAAGCAGUCAUCGCAGCCACAGCUCACAAAGAUGGAUUCCUUGCUUAAGCCCCGAGUGCAGCAGCACCCUCCACAGCAGCUCCAUUUCCAGCAACACCCUGAACAACAAAUUGAACAGCCUUUAGGGGCCCCGCUGAAACAGCAGCACUUGAAUCCCCAGCCAGGGGAAAGCGAACAGUUCUUGCAUUCACACAUUUUGCAACAGAUGCUCCAAAAGCAGACACAGCAGACACAGAUGCCAUGUAGUCCGCAGCUAACUCCAAACCAGCAACAGGCUCUGCAAAUGAAAAGUAAAGAACCGCCCCAAACUAUUCCCCACUCCCAAAACAAUGCAGAGCAGCAGCCAGACAGGACAUCCUUCAGUCAGCCUAAAGCAGAUGAGUGCUUUCAAAGUGGGAAUAAGUACAUGAAACCAACUGCAUUCCCACUGCAUAGCCUUCAGCUAGGGCUAGAGCAGGUACAGAGCAUGAACAACAAAACUCCCCUUUACAGCCAGAAAACGAGUGCUGGUCUGCAGCAUCCCUGCCCAAACAAUGUGCACUUGAUAUCAGAGAAGAAGGAAAAUGCCACCAAUCUUGAACACUUUGGAGCAAACAAAGCGCGUGACUUGCAACACAUGCAGUAUUUCUCAAAUAACUUGCCCCCCAAGCAAGAUGUGAAUCACUGUUUUCAAGAGCAAGAGCAACAGAUGCAACAAGCUUCAGUUAUACAGCUGCCACAAGGCUAUGGUGGUAGCCUCAGUCAAGAUCCCCCGAGCCAACAGGCCGCACCGAUGCCCCAGCGGUACUUACCGCACAGCCAGCAAACUCCUGCACACUCACAAGAUCAGAGAGGCUGUCAUUUGCAAAGCCAAACCCCAAAGGAUUUUCACAAGCACGCCGCUCUAAGGUGGCAUCUCUUACAGAAACAGGAGCAACAAGCAUACCAGCAACCCAAAACCGAGUCUGGCGCUGGUGCAGCACGCAAGCCUAUAAAAAUUGAGGCUGGCGCGAAGUCUAACAUUUGCAUGCGCCUAUCAGCUGGGCAGCUGGAAAACAAAAUGUGGAAAAAACCAAUUAAACAAGAGAAUCAGCACUUCGGCUGUGAGAACAUACAACAAAAGAGCAUCAUUGAGACAAUGGAACAGCAGCUAAAACAGAUACAGGUCAAAUCACUGUUUGAUCACAAGACUUUUACUGUCAAGUCGCCUAAACAUGUGAAGGUUGAGACAGCAGGCCCUAUUACCAUCCUAUCUAGAAACACCAGUGCUGCAGAAUUUGAUACUCACACCCCAAUCUUAGAACAGCAAGCAAAUGUGUCUGCUGAGAAAACCCCGACCAAAAGAACAGCUGGAACUGUUCUCAAUAAUUUUUUAGACUCACCUUCCAAGUUAUUGGAUACUCCUGUAAAAAAUUUAUUGGACACACCUGCCAAAACCCAGUAUGAUUUCCCAUCUUGCAGCUGUGUUGAGCAAAUUAUUGAAAAAGAUGAAGGUCCUUUCUAUACCCACCUAGGAGCCGGUCCUAAUGUGGCAGCUAUUAGAGAAAUCAUGGAAGAAAGAUUUGGACAGAAGGGUAAAGCUAUAAGGAUUGAGAGAGUUGUCUACACUGGGAAAGAAGGCAAAAGUUCUCAAGGAUGUCCAAUUGCUAAAUGGGUAGUCCGCAGAAGCAGUCAGGAGGAAAAGCUGCUCUGCCUGGUGCGUGAGCGGGCGGGCCAUACGUGUGAGACGGCGGUGAUUGUGAUCCUCAUCCUGGUUUGGGAGGGAAUCCCAACCAGCCUGGCUGACAAGCUCUAUUCCGAGCUCACCGACACUCUGAGGAAGUACGGCACGCUCACAAACCGGCGCUGCGCCCUGAAUGAAGAACGGACUUGUGCAUGUCAAGGGCUGGACCCUGAAACUUGUGGUGCUUCAUUUUCCUUUGGUUGCUCCUGGAGCAUGUACUACAAUGGUUGUAAGUUUGCCAGAAGCAAGAUUCCAAGAAAGUUUAAGCUGAUGGGGGAUGAUCCUAAAGAGGAAGAAAAACUAGAAUCCCACUUGCAGAAUCUGUCAACCCUGAUGGCACCCACCUACAAGAAGCUUGCACCCGAUGCAUAUAACAACCAGAUCGAGUACGAACACAGAGCGCCUGAGUGUCGCCUGGGUUUAAAAGAAGGCCGCCCAUUCUCAGGGGUCACUGCCUGCCUGGACUUCUGCGCUCAUGCUCACAGAGACUUGCACAAUAUGCAGAACGGGAGUACACUGGUUUGCACACUAACUAGAGAAGACAAUCGUGAAAUUGGCCAAACACCUGAAGAUGAACAGCUCCACGUGCUCCCCUUAUACAAAGUCUCUGAUGUGGAUGAGUUCGGAAGCACUGAAGGCCAGGAGGAGAAGAAGAGGAAUGGCAGCAUCCAGGUCCUUACCUCCUUUCGUCGAAAAGUAAGGAUGUUAGCAGAGCCGGUUAAGACGUGCCGGCAAAGGAAGCUAGAAGCAAAGAAAGCAGCUGCAGAAAAGCUUUCCUCCUUGGAGAAUGGGUCUAGCAAAGCUGAAAGAGACAAGUCUGCUGCAGCUCGCAACAAACAAGGCAACUCUGAGGCAGCAGGUCAUGCAAAGCAGCUAGCAGAUCUUUUACGUCUUUCAGGACCAGCGACACAACAACAGCAGCAGCAUCCACAGCGUACUCUCCCUAACAACCCUCAGUCAAAUGCUAUUAACACUUACUCGGGUUCAGGUUCUGCAAAUCUGUAUGUAAGGUUGCCUAAUCCAGUCAGUGCUUAUCCAGGCUCUUCAUACACUUCAGAUCCCUAUGGAGGGUCUGGUCCCAUGAACCUCUAUACCACCUCAUCACAGCCUGCGGGGUCUUAUUUGAAUUCUUCCAGUCCGAUGAACCCUUAUUCUGGAUCAUUAAAUCAAAAUAACCAGUGUCCACCCUAUCAAUGCAAUGGAAACAUACAGAUGGACAACUGUCCCUCUUACUUGGGCUCUUACCCUUCCCAGCAUCAGCACAUGGACUUGUAUAAUUGUCAGAGCCAAGACCCUAUGUCCAAACUAAGCCUACCACCCAUUCAAACAUUAUACCAGCAUAGGUUUGGAAAUAACCAGAGUUUUGGUCCCAAGUACUUGAAUUACGGAAACCAAAAUAUGCAGGUAGACUCUUUCAGUAAUUGCACCAUUAGACCAAAUGUACACCACAUAGGGUCUUUUUCUUCUUACUCCACCCACGAGGCUGACGGUCAUUUUAUGGAGGUUGCCUCAAGGUUAAAAUCUAGUCUGAGUAAUCCAAGCAUGGACUACGCCUCCAUGAGUAAAACCACUGAACACCAUCAUGUGCAACCCCCUCCACAUUUAGCACGUGACUACCAUUCUGCUUCGACUAUGUUUAGCGGUCCUCCUAAUUCGUUGCAUCUCCAAAAUAAGGAUAGUGAAAUGAUUUCACAUGCAGUAAAUGGCUUGUCUACCACGAUUCCAGGUCAGAACCACGAUAGGACUACACCCCAAGGUGGUUUAGAUAAAACAGAUGUGCUGAAUCCUGAAAAAGCUGAGGAUCCCGAUGAAGUCUGGUCAGAUAGUGAACAGAGCUUCCUGGAUCCGGAAAUUGGAGGAGUGGCAGUUGCUCCAUCUCACGGGUCAAUUCUCAUAGAGUGUGCAAAACGUGAGCUCCACGCAACGACCCCCCUGAAAAACCCCAACAGGAACCAUCCCACCAGAAUAUCCCUUGUCUUUUACCAGCACAAGAGCAUGAAUGAGCCAAAACACGGGCUGGCUCUGUGGGAGGCAAAGAUGGCUGAGAAGGCAAGAGAGAAGGAGGAGGAAUGUGAAAAAUACGGUCCAGACUACGUGCCUCAGAAAUCUUAUGGCAAAAAAGCAAAGCGAGAGCCUGCUGAGCCACACGAACCCUCAGAACCAACGUACCUGCGCUUCAUCAAGUCUCUUGCACAAAGGACACUGUCAGUCACCACGGACUCCACAGUAACUACAUCUCCAUAUGCCUUUACACGGGUUACAGGGCCUUACAACAGAUACAUCUAACUUCACACCUUUGUUGGUUACCUCAUCUGAAAAAAACAAUUCGUCAGUAGGGUAGCUGUCACUUAGGUUUUGGGGAAGGCAAGGGUGGAGAAGAAAACAGUGUUUUUAUUAAACUCAUCGGUGGAAAAGGCCUCGGCACACCAGCAAAAAGAGGUAAUCUUGCUAGCGCACUUAUUUUCCACUGAUUUUUAAGUGGUCACAGAUGGCACGUAGGAAACAAGACCAAAGCAUCCUAUGCAAAAGCAGAAACAAAACAAAACAAAGUGUUUCACAAUUUACAUUUGAAAACACUGGCCCCGUUGCUGAAAGAGAUAAUCUGCAAAUGGAUUUUUUCCUUCUUACAGUUCUGCACAUCUGUGACCACUUUUAAUGUCAUCAAGUUUGCAUAGUCAUGGAACAGGAGCAAAAAAAUUCCUAUUAAAAAAAUAAUACUGUAGUGUUACAACUGCAGGAAUCUUAAAAUAACAUCUGGUGCUGAAUCUACGAUGUACUGAAAUACUGGAAUUACGGCUUUUUAACACGCAGUUUUUACUGUAACAUUAUUAGUCUCUUAAUUUUAUUUAAUGAAGUAGAUAACAUGUAAAACGUUAUGAAUAGACAGCAAAACACUGAAUUUGUUUGGAUAUUCUAAAAACCAUGGUGCUAUCUAAGAGAAUGGUGUCUUUAUUUUAACAGUCAAACAGUUAAUGCCUUUAUAAAAAUUAAAAUGUCAAUGAUGUAUUCAAAUGUUCUUCAACAACAGAGAGGACCUUUUCAUUUGUGUAUGUAUUGAAUUUACCUGGUGUUAAAAUAAGCUUACUUUUUAGCGUAUGGAAAUUAUGAGGACCUCUGGAUGUUGCUCAUCCAGUCAAGUCCUAGAAAAGGA